GGGCGGGAUUGCUGGAACGGCAAACUGGCUGGAGUCCCUAGUUUCGCUAACCUCUUUUUUUUUCCCAGUCCGGAGUGAGAGGGGGCCUCCUCGCCCCACCCCCUUUCCUGGCUCUGGUUACAGCCUUUCGAGUUGAGCAAACUUGCUGCUGGCGGAUUGGCGGCCGGGAGCUCUCCGACUCAGGCGUUGUAUUUAUUAAUUUAUAUUCCACGGCGCCCCGCGCGGGCCGCUCCUUUGUAUCCGGCCGCCACCGCCCGGGUCCAAGGCCUCAGCGGGCAGCGCGUCCCCCACGUCCACCCGACUCCCACGGCCGGCACGUGCUGGGCCCAGCCGGCCGAGGGGGCGGAGGCCCUUUUUUUUUUUUUUCUACCCCCUCUUUGCCAGGAGGAGGAGGAGCAGCAGCAAAAGCAGCAGCAGCAGUAGGAGGCGACAGCUGCCCCGCCAGGGAGGCGCGGCGGAACACGGGCUGCGGUCAGCUGAAUCCUCUCGGGGCUGCAGACCUGCCCCGCGCUCGGCGACUCACUGCGGCGGCGGCCGCCGGCGAUGUUCCCCAGCACUUCCUGACUGGCACGGUGCACUCGGCUGCGCUCACACGCCCCCAGCCCUGGGGCCCCCGGCUCGCUCGCUAGCUGGCUGAGUGGCUCACGCGGCCCCGCUCUGCGUCGGCCGCGCAGUGGUGGAGGCGCGCCAGGGGGUCGCGGCUGGGGAUGAGCGGCUUGCGGGUAUACACGCCACCGACUGGCCCCGAGAGGCCGUGAGGAGCUGGUUUUCUCCGAAUCGCCGCCCUGCCCUUGAAUUUGAGAUCAUGUCCAUUCACAUCGUGGCGCUGGGGAACGAAGGCGACGCGUUCCACCAGGACAAUCGGCCGUCGGGGCUCAUCCGCACUUACCUGGGGAGAAGCCCUCUGGUCUCAGGGGACGAAAGCAGCUUGUUGCUGAACGCGACCAGCACGGUCGCGCGUCCAGUGUUCACGGAGUAUCAGGCCAGUGCGUUCGGGAACGUCAAGCUCGUGGUUCACGACUGUCCCGUGUGGGACAUUUUUGACAGUGAUUGGUACACUUCUCGAAACCUAAUUGGGAGUGCUGACAUCAUUGUGAUCAAAUACAACGUUAAUGACAAGUUUUCAUUCCAUGAAGUAAAGGACAAUUAUAUUCCAGUGAUAAAAAGAGCAUUAAAUUCUGUUCCAGUAAUCAUUGCUGCUGUUGGUACCAGACAAAAUGAAUUGCCUUGCACCUGCCCACUGUGCACCUCAGACAGAGGGAGCUGUGUCAGUACAACAGAAGGGAUCCACCUUGCUAAAGAGCUGGGAGCUACCUAUCUUGAACUACAUAGCCUUGAUGACUUCUACAUAGGGAAGUAUUUUGGAGGAGUGUUGGAAUAUUUCAUGAUUCAAGCCUUGAAUCAGAAGACAAGUGAAAAAAUGAAGAAAAGAAAAAUGAACGGCUCAUUUCAUGGAAUUAGACCACCCCAGCUUGAACAACCAGAAAAAAUGCCUGUUUUAAAGGCUGAAGCAUCGCAUUAUAACUCUGACUUAAAUAACUUGCUGUUGUGCUGCCAAUGUGUGGACGUGGUGUUUUACCACCCAGAUUUAAAGGAGGUCAUAGAGGCCCACAAGAUCGUUCUCUGUGCAGUAAGCCAUGUUUUCAUGCUGCUUUUCAAUGUGAAGAGUCCCACCGAAAUUCAAGAUUCCAGUAUCAUCCGAACUACCCAGGAUCUCUUUGCUAUAAACAGAGAUACCACCUUUCCAGGUGCUAGCCAGGAAUCUUCUGGCAACCCACCAUUGCGAGUCAUUGUUAAAGACGCCCUCUUCUGUUCUUGUUUAUCAGACAUUCUGCGCUUCAUUUAUUCAGGUGCUUUUCAGUGGGAAGAAUUGGAAGAAGAUAUCAGGAAGAAGUUGAAAGAUUCUGGGGAUGUUUCUAAUGUGAUUGAGAAAGUUAAAUGCAUUUUAAAAACACCGGGAAAGAUUAAUUGUCUAAGGAAUUGCAAAACCUACCAAGCCAGAAAACCUCUGUGGUUUUAUAACACUUCCCUCAAGUUUUUCCUUAAUAAACCGAUGCUUGCUGAUGUUGUCUUUGAAAUACAAGGUACAACAGUGCCAGCCCAUAGGGCCAUCCUGGUGGCCCGUUGUGAAGUGAUGGCGGCCAUGUUCAAUGGUAAUUACAUGGAAGCAAAGAGUGUCCUGAUUCCAGUUUAUGGUGUUUCCAAAGAGACUUUCUUGUCAUUUUUAGAAUACCUAUAUACUGACUCCUGUUGCCCAGCUGGCAUUUUCCAGGCCAUGUGUCUCCUGAUCUGUGCUGAGAUGUACCAAGUCUCCAGGCUGCAGCACAUCUGUGAGCUGUUCAUCAUCACACAGCUACAGAGCAUGCCAAGCAGGGAAUUGGCCUCCAUGAAUCUCGAUAUAGUCGAUCUGCUCAAAAAGGCUAAGUUCCACCACUCUGAUUGCCUUUCAACCUGGCUGCUUCAUUUCAUUGCGACUAACUACCUCAUCUUCAGUCAAAAGCCUGAAUUUCAGGAUCUUUCAGUGGAAGAACGCAGUUUUGUUGAAAAGCACAGAUGGCCAUCAAAUAUGUACUUGAAGCAACUUGCAGAAUACAGGAAGUAUAUUCACUCCCGGAAAUGCCGUUGCUUAGUAAUGUAACCUGGAGCUUUUAUAUAAGUACACUUUUUUAUUAUUAUGGAGAAUGGGUUGCAGUGAAACUCGUAUGACUGAAACCAAUGUGGGCGUUAAAACAAAGAUUAUCAUACAGUUUAAUGUGUUUAUUAGUUCUCCAUGAAAAAAAAACUAUUGUGAUCUUAAAAGGGAACAAACUAUACUACCGACUAAAACAGGCUUCACCCUAAAACAUAAAGCUGUUGUACAGCUGUGUUUCCCCUAUAAGAUGUCCUGUUGCUUUAGUGAUAUUAAGAACCCUCCCUGAUAAGAAAUGUUUAAAUUUUAAAAAAUCAUUUAGGAUUAAUAUAGAAAUUUCAUCAUGUCUGAUUAAUUAUUAAAAUACAGGGUUUUCAAAUACCCAGUGUAGUUAUUUCUCCAUGAGAAAUAUAGGGGAAGACGAAACAGUUCAAGUUGAGAUAUUUGGAAAGUGAUGGGCCACUUGGUUCCAAAGCAGUGACAGUGUUUGAAUCAACAUCAUGAAAAAAAAAAUUCUUUUAUCUGGACAAUCCACCUGAAUCACCUAGUGUCCUCCCUGGGAUUUUGAUUAGGCAGGAAACUGAACCAGGGUCAGCUUUGUCUGUGGGUGACCUUCAGUCACAAAGGUUUCCCACUUAGAAGGGCAGGGCAUUUUUUUAGUGUUGUGCUGUUGCAGUCACAAAAUUCUUAAUAAUGAUUGAAGAAGGGCCCUGUGUUUUUACCUGGCACAGUGUCCCCUAAAUUAUGGAUCUUUCCUGACAGAAAAAAAAAAAUAUGAAGUUUUCUGAUUCAAAUAUCAUUCUGUCUGAAAGAAAAGAGGCUCUGAUAUCAAGGGAAGAGAACAUAUAUGGAUUCCCACCUUUGGGGAAGUCCUUACCACCCAGGGCCUCUGUUGCCACAUCCUCUGGCAAAUGAGUGUUGUUUUGUCUUAAAACACUCACAUUUAGGCUGUAUCACAGAAGAAGAGUUACUUUGAUGAUUCUGUAACAUCAGGAUGUUGGUGAGAGUGACCUACUUGCCUGAUUUUAAUAUACAUUCUACUAGAUGCUCACAGGAAAAGGUGCUUUCUAGAGAAUUUGCUAUGAAGGCUCAAGAAAUUUUUUUUUUUUGGUAAGUGUUUUUGCUAAGAGUAGGACGUGGAUGUCAGUGGCUUGAACUGUUUGAAUUCUUUCCAAGGACUGCAAAGCUAUUUGAUAUGGAGUAGCAUGAAUCUUGUCCCUUAAGGUUACCCAGUAAGUUAGAAGAAAGGAUAUGUAUCAAAGAUUUGUCAUGUGUGGAGAGAAGGGUACUUCGAUGGAGGACAGAUUAGAACCUCUCUCAUAUUACACGUGUAUAGAAAUGAUGACAUCAGAAGUCUAUAAGCCUGGAGAUGGGCAAUCCGAUUACUAUUUAUUGUGAACAUUAUUGUCAUCUGUAAUUUUAUACUGGACUAUAUCUUUCUGUUAACCUCCAGUGACUUUAGAAUACGUAUAUUUUUUCCAACUUCUUAAAGAUCUGAUUAAAUAAUCUUAUAAUAUUAGGAUUCCUUACAGUUAACCCUUGUAUGUAUGCCAUCACUGAAAGAGGAAAGCACUAAAAAUUUCCUCUAGAUAUAUUCCAAGAAACCUGAUUUUAAUUGGACUGUGUAAGUGAAGACUGCUGGAAUUUUAUGCUUUUUGUUUAAUCCCUUGGGUUAAUCAAAGAUUGGCAGAACCUAUGAGGCUAGGAUUAACAUUGUAAAAGAGUAGACCUAUAGCAGAUUUCUAGAAAUUCAUUCACAUUUAUGAACUUUUAAAAUGCAGUGAUAACCUUUUGUUCUUCAUAAGCAUAGUCUCAUCCCCAUAUUAAUUACAGCACUUAAAAUUCUAAAACCUUUAGGAAAUUGAAAAAUAUAAGUACAAAACAAAGCAAAGUCUUUUCUCAAAAACACUUUUUUUUAAGAUUUCAAUAGAAUAUAGCCGUUUCGUUUAGGCUGUUUGACCUGAGUGGGGGUUGAAUUUGAAAACUGGUACUCCUUGGUAUUGAGUGUGUUUUUAUUAUGAAAAUUCUUCCUCCUGUGUGACCCAGUCAGAUGUCACAAUUUUGCAGAGCUAGUCAGAGUAGAAUCAAAUUAGUUUUUAAAUGCAUUGAACGCGUAGACUCAAGACUUUUGAAUUUACUCAAUUUAAAAUAAUAAGAAAUUUUACUUAUCAGUUAUCUUGGAGAAGUGAGUGUUGUUUUUGAGAUUUUUUUCCCCCCAACUAAAAAUUAUUUCUAAAUGGAUGUAUGCUUUGUGCUGAUCUCUGCUUCAGUAUAUUUACCUACCAUUUUAUUUAGAGAAGAUACUAUAUAGUAGAACUAAGGCCUUUUGUUUCAGAGCCAGGUUUUCAUUCUAUUUAAUCCUUUAUAUACUUUGACUAUUCCAUGUUCAUGAUAUAAGACUAGAUUUGUGAUAGAGAAUUUUCAGUAUCAUAACAGACUUACCCUGUUCAAGCCAGCAUGAUAGCUUCACAUUGGGUAGUAGCAGAAGACUAAAGAUUGAAUAAAUUUGAUUCCAAGAGAGCAAAACUUUUCAACUAUAAUUUUACAAACUCUACACUACACUGAUAUGGUUAAUUAGACAAAAAUAACCUCAAAUAGUACUUUAUUUUAUUUAAAGCAUCUGUUUAAUUCAAUCUUUAACAAUUUUGCAAAGAAGGGUAUGUGUGUAUUUUAAUAUAGCUUGACCUGAAUUUAUAUGUUUUUAGCUUUAGUAUUUAACAUUUUGUAACAAAUAAACCUUUUUUUUAAAACAAGUUUAA